AUGCGUUUGAAAGGAGAGGUGCCUGCAGUUUCUAAAGAAAAGAGUGAGGAAAUCCUCAAAGUUCUCAAGCAAAGUGGAGUGGAGUGGCAUGAGGGGUACCCCCCUGUGGCCCUGAAGACAAGGACUGGGAGUGGUGCGGCAGGAUUCUUGGAGACCAUGUCUCUCUUGCUCACAGGAUCCCUCCUCCACCUUCCACUUCUCAAGAAACUUUGUGGAGCGGAGCUCAAAGAUGAUAAAGACAGUGACUUGUUGGGGAAGAAUGAAAAAGUGAGAAAGUACAUCCUCACAUCUAGAAGGGAAGCAGAAAGGAGGAUGAACCUCCAUAUGAGGGUACCGGCAACAGGCGAGAACGUAAGAGUGAAGGUUACCAGGACCAAGCACCAGCGCUCCAAGGCAAAACUCCGUCUCCCAACAUCAGGACCAAGUCAAGAAGUGGUGUCCAUUUGGUCAGUCUUCUCGCUGGCUCAGAUAAAAUCAGGAUGUUAUAACUUUGUUGAAAGAGCCAUACCGAUGGAAAUGCAGAGAAAGAAGAGGAGGGUCCUUUCGGGACGAAUCCCAGAUGCGGGGGGCGAAGGAGGGUCAGAUGCAACGGCAGAGAACAGGAGGGUCAGAUGCGAUGGCAGAGAAACAGCAGGACGAGAACAGUCGUGCCCGAAUAGGGGACCAGCGAAGCAGCGAUCCAGAGGAGAAACGGAAGACGACUGCCCCGCCAACAGGACGUCUUUCUGCGACGCAGAUUGUAAAGCAGGGAUGCUUGACCCUAUUUUGAAAUGUUCAUACGACUGCACGUGCAAGCCUAUUCAGAAGGAGUGA